AUGUAUAAUUUUCUUAUAAAAACUAAUUAAUGGAUCAUUUCAAUAUUAGUUCUGCUGAUUUAGAUUAAUUAUACUUUGGAAUCAAAUAAAAACUUAUUGGAAAANUAUUUGAAUAUAAUAGUUAGACCCAUUUUAUUACACAUUAGCUCUACAUCUAAAUUGUAAUUUCAAGAUGGAUCCAAAAUUAAAAAAUAUUUAAUGAGCAAAUCUGAUCAUUUUUACCAUUUCCUUUAAAUUAUAAGAGAAACAUUGCAUGUAAAGAAAUAAGAAGGUUUAUAUUUAUUUAUUAAUAAUUCUGGUUUGAUUUAAGCAGGUACAUUUCAAUUAUAUUUUUAAGAGAGUUAAGUGUGUGAAGUUUAUAAUAAAUUUAAAAGUCUUGAUGGUUUCCUUAGAAUUCAAUUAACAGAAUAUUAAUCAUUUGGAUAAUGA